GAAACAAAUAAAUAUCCAUGUUACUGCCUUGUUUUGGAAUGAAAUUGCAAGACAAAAGUUCAACAAAGUCAUUUCAGUCUGAAAAUGAGGCUGAAUAUCUUCAGCUGCCUGUUGGCCUUUCUGGGCUAUAAUAUCACAGCAGAAAUAAAUCAUGUAAUCAUUAAGGAAAAGAGCCACGUUGUCCUGCGUUGUCCUCGCUCUGUGGAAGACAUAGUGACGUGGAGCAGAGAGAGUGAUGGAAACAAAGUUGACAUACUUACAACUCACGGUGAAGAAGUCAUAAAACACAUCAGUUAUGACAGACGCAGGCGAUACAGGGUAGUGACAGAUGAAUUUCCAUCACUGCACAUACGCAGAGUCACCAGUUCAGAUGCUGGAAGAUAUUUCUGUAACGAUGAAGCAGCUGUGGAGCUGACGGUGAUCCCAUCAGAAACAGUCCGACUUGACGCUGCAGAGAGGACGAACGUCACUCUGAAAUGCCGUCAUGAAGAUGAAGGAUCACAUAUUGCAACAUGGAGCAGAGACGCUCGAGACAAACAGCAACAAAGAUGGUUUUACGUCUCACCUGCUGACAACAGUUUGACCAUAACAGAAGUGCAGCCUGGAGACUCUGGAUUUUACUACUGUGAUGGAAAACCAGCCGUGUAUCUGAAUGUGAUCAAAGGUACCUACCAGAACAACAGGAACAGCUACACCUGCAACAAGACAAAAUGUAGCAACAAAACUGUACCACCUCCAAAAACGACAGAUGUGACACCAACAAAGAACAAUAAGAGAAGACAAAAGAAAAGGGAGAAGAAGAGAGACAACAAGACACAGACAACAGCAGCAGCUACAGCUCUGACAGAAACAGUAAUCCACACAGAAUGUAACAAGACACCAACAGCGAGCUCAACUGCAACGACACUUACAGCUGCAGCACCAACAACUGCACCAUCAACAGCUAUAACAGAAACAGGUACAGACACUGCAGGCGAGAAAAAUGCGUCUCUGUGGCAGAUGUGUGUUCGUAUGGUCAUUACAAGUCUCUAUUUCAUCAUCAUGAGCAGCAUCACCGUCAUCUACUGGAGGAAAGCUCGAACGAAUAUCAGCGUCACACAGCAGAAACAAAAAAUAAUCUCUGAUCUUCCGUCACGCAGAAACAUGAACGGUGUCUGGAUGACAUCCUGCACAGCUUGAUUUUUUUUUCUACAUUGUCUUGAGUGCUUUUUUGCAAUUAUAUUUCUGUCUGUAUUGUUUCACACCUCUAAAAUUCCCCUUAAACAAAACAUUUCCAA